UCGUUCAAUUGUUUUAAAUGUGGAAGCCGAUAAUUUUGGACGUUGAGUGCAUCGUUUGCAACAAAUCGUUGCAAAAGAUUAACCACGACCCGCCCGAGGUGCCGCGAAAGAUGGGUAAAAUUACUUGUCGCAGAUCGAGGACGCCGAAUUGGUCGGCCGAUGAGAAAAAGUAUUUGUUGGAGUUAAUUAAGGAGCGCAAAGAAGUUGUUGUAACUAAGAACAAUAACGGGCCAAAUUAUUCUGAAGAGAAGGACGUGGCUUGGAACGAGAUAUUGAGGGAGUUGUGUCUCAAGUUUGGAAAUAAAUUUUCUGGUAGUUCGACUAAGAAGGUGAAAACUCAAUGGCAGAACAUGAAACGGAUAGCAAGAGAGGAAAUCUCGUUGGUCGGGCCCGAUACUUCGAAGUACACUAGGCAAAGCCUGGAGGUGUGCACAAUACUUGACCUAAUAAAAGAUGGCAUGAUAAAACGCGAUGAUGAGAAUUUAAACGACACUUUAAUGACAGCUAACAUAGAAAUUAAAACUGAGAGGAUUGACGAAGACCUCAACGAGCCAUGCUGCAUCGGCGUUACCAAUCCUGUCAAAGAACCGCCACCCACCAUUCAAAGUAACGCCCCACCAGCUGCUAUUACCCGACCUCCCCCUUCCGAGUCGUCAUCAGCUUCAGAUGUCAUCGAGUUUGAGCCACCCGCUCCGCAGCCGGUGACGAUCAAUGUUGAAGAGCCAAGCAAGAAGAACGCGGCAAACAUGACUGAACCAUGCGUGGAAGGAAUGGGCAAUCCUGGACUCUUGCAACGUCAGCUGCAGGAGUUUUUCAGAUAUUCAUCCGAUGAAAAGCAGUUAAAGAUGGAAUCCCUGAAAGAGGAGCGACGUGUCGUCAAAGUGAUGAGGGAGACAGCCGAGCUGAACAAAAUCAUCGCCGAGCAGAAGCUAAAGCAUGUCCUUUGGGUCAAGAAGCAGGAAAUGACGUAA